GUACACCACCAUAGAAUAGAAUAGAUCCGAUACAUCAUCACACCCCCUAGAACCCUAAAUUCGCCCACACACAACACACACUUUUUAAUCCUAAUAAAACAUGUCUAGCCACAGCAGCAGCAAAAAGGGUUUUACAACUAAAAACCAACCUCAAAAAUUCAUACCUAAACAUCAACAACAAUCUAAUAACUCGAAUUUAACACUUUCUAAUUCACUCCGUCAACAACAAUCAUCUGGUGGUGCUAAUAAUAGUAUCAGUGGGAAAUUUGUGAAUUACUUGCCGCAGGAUGAAGCCGUUGCGGCUGGUUUUCGUUCCGAAGAAGGCGGUCUGGAUCCUGUUGAAUCUCAAAAAGUUGUUGACUUUCUUAAUCAAGAAUGUUCUCGCUUGCUUAAGCUCAAUCCCAAAGAUUUCUGGAUACAAGUUGCUAGUGAUACUUCUCUGCAUGCUUUUCUGGAAAGUUUUUUAAAGUUUAGGAAAAGAUGGUCUGACUUUCCAUACCGGGGAACCAAGGGAACAGUUGCAGGGGUGAUUGUUGGUGAGCAUGACCUGAGUCGACGUGUAUUUAUGAUUUUCUACCGAAUGUCUUCUAAUCGGAAUCCUGGUGCCAAGGCCUCUGAUAGUCUAAGUGCAAAAGACCAUGCAGUUAUUUUGCAGGAAAAGAAGUUGCUUGACUUGCCUAAGUUGCUAGAUAUAUGUGCCAUAUAUGGUUAUGAGAAUGAAGAAAUGACACGAUCAAUUGUUACUAGUGCUGUAAAGGCCCAGCCUUCGAUUCAUGACAGUUUCUCGGCUGCUAUUUCUCAUUUUCUUAACAUAGUUCAUACCAUGUAUGAGCGUUGCACCACAUCUUUUGAGGUUCUAUUAAUAUCUGAUCAAAGCAAAGACGAUGGCUCUACUCGGCUUCACACAGACUAUCUUGAGGUAAUAGAUUUUAUAAAUGAUGCUAUUGUAUCAAUGGAUGCUUUGGUCUCUGCUUACAAGCAUGCAGCUGUCUACUUUUGCUGCCCUGUUUUAACAAGUUACGGAAGUGAUGAAUUGCUCAAAACCCUUGCCAGGCUGCAUGAUUCCUUAUUGCCUACUUUGCAGCAUGGAUUCAAAAUAAUAUUUUCAAGAAGGGCAGAUGACAUGUUGCAGAAUGUUAUCAUUAGUCUGAAGAUGUUAUCAUCUAGAAUAGCUAAUUUUUGUUGGAAAUUACUGAAUUUAUGUUACCUAACUGAAGAAUUGUUUGAGGAGAGCAUUUAUCUUCCAUCUGGCUCAAAGAUAUUUCCAGCCCAAGUAGAAGACCCAGUCAUCCGAGCAGACAUUUUAGUUCAAACAUUUCGGGAUAUUAGUGAAGAAUGUUCAACUGUUCAAGAUGAAAGUAACAUGAGUUCAUUGCUUCAAAGUGUUGAAAAGAACUAUCAGUUGAUAAGCACACUGGAGCGCUUAGGGAAUAAAGGGUGGAUCAAAAUGGAUAGUGAACAGUUGCAAUUUCUUUAUAGAAUCAUGUCAGUUCCCUUUUCUUUGAGCACAAAUAUAUCACAUUUGUCAUCAAAUAAGGAGGUGGAAAUAGAUGAAGAUAGUGCAAUACUUGAGUCAAAAAUCAGUCAAGUGAAAGACUUAUUUCCUGAUUAUGGUAAAGGCUUUAUUUCUGCUUGUCUUGAAGUGUAUAAUUACAACCCCGAGGAAGUCAUCCAGAGAAUUUUAGAAGCAAACCUUCACAGUGAUCUACUUUCUCUUGAUACUUCCCUAGAUGUAGCCCCACCCAAAACCGCUCCUCCUCCAGCUAGUGUAAAAGAUAAAGGAAAAGGGAAGUUAAUCGAACAUUCAAUCCCAAUGCCAACAUCAUCAUCAACUUCUACAUCGGCACCAGCACCAACACCGAUACCCACAAAAGUAUUGCCUGCAUCUUCAACAUCAUCUUCUUCAGCUGGAAGAUUUGUCAGGAAAUUGGCAACAAAUGUGGCUGAGAAUCAAGUUCUCGAGUCCAUAGAUGAAACUGCCAAAACUUUUGCUCUUAAAUCACUGCUCGAGUAUGAAGAUGAGUAUGAUGAUUCUUUUGAUGACCUUGGUCUAGGCGUUGGUGAUGCAGGACCAGAUGAUUUGAGUGAAAGAGUAAGUUCCAGUUCCGCUUCAGAAGCUUCUCGAUGGGGGUCACGACAGAAACCCCAAUUUUUUGUUAAAGAUGGUAAACAUUAUAGUUAUAAAGUGUCGGGUUCUGUGGCGGUUGCAAAUUACAAUGAAGCAUCUAUAGUUAAUCAAGCUCAAAAAGAAUUAAUUCAUGGGCUUGGGCGUGGAGGUAAUUUUCCUUUGGGUGCAGUACAGAAGUUGAUGGAAUUAAAUGAAGUAAAACAAGGGGAGCAAGAUAUUACUGAAAAUUCAAAUAGAAGGGGAAGGGGAAGGAAUAGUAACAAAAAGGACCAUAAUGCAGCAAUUAAAUCAGAUGAAGGACAGUAUAAUGAACAGCAUCAUGUGGGUGGGCGAGGAUGGGGUAGGGGUAAUACUGUUAAGGAACAAUCUGUGACUGCGUCAAACGAAGGGCGAUAUGAUGAGCAACGUCAAGUGGGUGGGCGAGGAAAAGGGAGAGAAUGGGGUAGGGGUAAUCAAACUGUGGCCGAGUCAAACGAAGGGCGGUAUGAUGAGCAACGUCAAGUGGGUGGACGAGGGAGAGGAAGGGGUAGGGGUAAUAUCGGAAAGGAACAAAAUGCGACUGAGUCAAAUGAAGGAGAAGACAGCAGUGAGUUUGUUAGUGAGCGUGGAAGAGGGGGUAGAGCAAGAGGAGGGAGGAGAGGAGGGGGAAGGAGAGAUAAUUACCGGAAGGAUCAAGCUAUGAAAAAACACUUUGCUUCGCUUGGGACAUUUUGAGUACAUUCAUGAAUACAUUCAAUGGUUUUUUGUAUAGAGCUACAUUGUUGGGUUGAUUAGAUUGUUUAUCAUUGUUACGCAGGUGAAUCUUUCAGUUUGAUGAGUCCGUUAAUUGUCACCCGUAUAGCUUACAAUAUGGAAUAUGGUGGAUCAAUGUUUCUUCUUGUUGCACUUAAUUUUUAUCUUCGAAUUGUAAGCGGAAUAGUCUUAUAGGGAGCCGAAUACAGACAUGAUAUAGUUCUUGUUUUUGAAAAUUUAUACAAAGGCUGAAGCUAUUGGCUUGAAGUUUGCAUUGUAUGACUUUUUGGAGUAGAUAGUAAAAUUUAUAUUUUCUGGA